UACCUGUGUGACUUCCCACUUUGAAAAAAAACACACACACACACUCACACUCACACACACACACACAGCCCUGGAACAUUUGAAACAUGAGUUGUUCUUAAAAAGACUUAGAGAGGGGGGAAACUGCAUCUAAAGCGGACGACGUGCUGCGACUCCUCCAAGUGUAUCUGCUCCAGGCAAUCAAUGAGGACCGCGGUGACUUUUGCAGCUCUCUGUGCCUCUGCCUCUCUGCAGCCUUUCCAUUUAUCAUAGUGCAUUUUAAACUUUUACAGCACAGAAAAGGGGGAAGUUUGGAUUUUUCAAUUUCUCUCUUUUUUUUUAUUUUUAUUUUUUUUAUCACAAUUUACCCCUUGCUUCCUUUUUUUUUUUUCUUUUUAAUAAAUAUGAGAGGUGGGUUUGUUGCCACUUUUCUCUGGAAUUUAAUAUGUGCCAUCUCUUAUGCUGUUUUACGCGUAGGAUAAGGAAACAACAAAAAGGUGUGACAAGAGCCUGGCGGACAACUGUGGAUUGCUGCGAGUAACUCCUACCGUCCAGAGGGGAUGAGGGGGGCAUCGGCCGGACCCCCCUCUUGAUUGAUCACGUAUUAGUCAUCCAUUUGGCUAAAUGGGACCCAUUGAAAAGGCACCGUGGAAUCAUACAUGAAUCAAAUAUUCCCGUGCCCCCUGAAUGUCUCAAGACUAGUUUUGCUUAAGAGAGGGGGUCGUGGCUGAGCAUAGCUUUAUGUGUUUAUUUUAGUUUCUACGCUUUGACAUUGUACCGCUGUUUUUUUUUUUAAAAGAACAGAGAGAAGGAAAAAAACUCGAGAGGAUUCCAAAGAGGAGAAGAUUUGUGGACGUAUAUUUUUUCUAGUUAUUCCGUUGUUUCUUUUUUUUUUCUCUUCUCUUAUUUUUAAAUAUUUUUUUGCCAUUUCCUCUCCCGAAAAAUGAAACUUUGGACAUCUCCCUGGGUGUCUUGCCUGGUGAUUCUCCUCUUGUGUUUUGGAUCAGAGUGCGGGACAGCCCGGGGAAAGGGGAGAUCCAAGAGGGAGUUGGUGCGCAUUAGGGAGGCGAGAGCCACCGCGCCGGGGGCUUGUGCCACGCGUCUUCCCCGGGGCAAACGCUCCUUGCCCGGCUUGGAGCGACGGGUGCUCCGCCAGCGCCGGCGCUCCUCGCAGCAGGCGGAGGAGAACUCUCCGGACCGGGGGAAAGCUGUGUAUUUCAUCGGCAGGGGCGACCAGCUGCGGCUGAAGCCCGGCGUGGAGAUACCCAGAGGAAAUUUCACCCUGGAGAUGUGGAUCAAACCGGAGGGAGGUCAACGAUCACCCACAGUGAUUGCAGGCCUAUACGACAAAUGUUUCUAUGCCUCCAGUGACCGUGGAUGGCUGCUUGGUAUCCAGGCAGUCAGUGAACAUGGGAACCGUGACCCCCGCUUCUUCUUCUCCCUUAAGACUGACCGUGCCCAUAAAGUGACCUCCAUCCACUCCAAUGCUCGCUACAUACCCAACCAAUGGGCACAUGUGGCAGUCACGUAUGACUGCGUGUACAUGAAGCUCUUCGUCAAUGGCGCCCAAGUGGCUGUCAGUCGGGAGCAAUCGGGCGAUGUCUUUAGCCAUUUGACCAAAAAGUGCAAAGUCCUGAUGAUUGGGGGGAAUGCACUCAAUCAUAAUUACAGGGGAGCAGUGGAAAGGGUGGGUCUAUGGAGGCAGGCCCGGGAGCAGAGGCAGAUUAUCAGAGAUAUGCAGGGCCACGACGACCUACAAGAUCUACCUCAGCUGGUCAUUCGAGAAACAUUUGAGCACCCGGGCCGAAAAUGGCUGACUGUAAAAGACGGUAGCUUUCCUCAGCCUGAGCAAGGAGGUAGUGGCCGAUUAGGGCUUCUGGGUGGCAGCGGAGUUGGAAAUGGCGAAGGAUUAUUGGACACAACGCUGGAUCCUCCAACUUGUGGUCAAACUGUUUGCGACAAUGUUGAGGUCAUCAAAAACUACAACCACCUUUGGACAUUCCGUCGGCCCAAGAAAGUGCGAUAUCGUGUCAUAAAUAUAUGGGACGAUGCGCGGAUGAAGCCGACCGUAUCUGACCACCAGAUCAGCCUGCAGCACCAGCAGCUAAAUGAUGCCUUCAGCCCCUACAACAUCACCUGGGAGCUCAGCAUUCACAAUGUGACCAACUCCUCCCUUCGCAACCGGCUGAUUCUAGCUAACUGUGAUAUCAGCAAAGUUGGCGAUGAUUUGUGUGACUCAGAAUGCAACCAUCCGCUGACAGGGUAUGAUGCCGGUGACUGCAUGUCUGUGCACCGGAGCCGUUGCCCUGAGCACAAACAGGGGAAUGGUGUAUGUGACCCCGAAUGUAACUGGGAAAACUUCUUGUAUGACCUUGGCGACUGCUGUAAUCCCAACGUGACAGAUGUGACCAAGACAUGCUUUAACCGCUCCUCUCCACACAAGGCCUAUUUGGAUGUGAAAGAGCUAAAAGAGAUUCUGCAUUUGGACGGCUCGACUCACCUGAACGUCUUCUUUGCCAAUUCCACUGAUGAAGAUCUGGCGGGGGUUGCCACUUGGCCGUGGGACAAAGAAGCCCUCACACAUUUAGGCGGGAUUGUGCUGAACCCGUCCUUCUACGGCACCUUCGGUCACACCGACACGAUGGUCCACGAGAUCGGUCACAGCCUCGGCCUUUACCACGUGUUUCGAGGCAUAUCGGAGACCGAGUCGUGCAACGACGCGUGCCUGGAGACCGAGCCCUCGAUGGAGACCGGGGAUCUGUGCGCCGACACCAACCCCACUCCUAAGUACAAAGGUUGCCACGAUCCCGAGCCGGGCAACGAAACCUGCGGCUGUCGUCAUUUCACCCACACGCCGUUUAACAACUACAUGAGUUAUGCAGAUGAUGCCUGCACGGACUCCUUCACACUGAACCAGGUGGCCAGAAUGCACUGCUACCUGGACCUCAUCUACCAGACCUGGCAACACUCCUCCAAACCCCCUCCGGUGCCAAUGCCGCCACAAGUGGUCGGGCAGCAUCAUAACUCCAUCAACCUGGAAUGGUUUCCACCCAUUUCCGGACACUUUUACGACAGAGAAGUGGGAUCAGUGUGUGAUAAAUGCACUGAGGGGAGAGUUCUGCUGCAGUACGCCUCCAACUCCUCAUCGCCACGGCCGUGCGCACCAUCUGGACACUGGUCCCCGCGAGAGGCUGAAGGCCCUCCAGAUGUGGAGCAGGCUUGUGAGCCAAGUGUGCGCACCUGGAGCCCCAAUGCAGGGAUCGAGCAAGGCGUCGUCGGCCUGUCAGAGUGCCCUCUCCAGGGCUGCAUGCUUCAGCUGGAGUUCCCUUACCCGCUGGUGCCAGACUCUCUCACCGUGUGGGUCACCUUCUUCAGCCCUGAUGAAACGGCACUGCCAGCCAUCCACAACACCUUGCUGUUGACCGUCAGCGGGAACAACAUUUCAUUGGGCCCCAGCAACGUCUUCUGCGACUCCCCGCUGACGUUGAAGCUGGACAUCGAGGAAGAGGUGUAUGGGGUACAGUUUUUCACCAUGGAGCAGCAUCUAGAGAUUGAUGCCACCCUCUUGGCAUCCAAGCCAAACUGCAUACUUUGUAGACAUUGCCAACCGCUGCGCUACCGCCUGCUGCGCCAGCCGCCCUUCACCCACGCACCACAUGGUCUGAUGCUGAAUGAACCUACCCGCCGAUUUACAGACAGGGACGUGCUGCCCCAUGUUGCGUACACCUACCAAGUCCAAACCAUCUCCAGCCGGAGUGAGAGUGAGCCCUCCCCACCUUUGGUGCACGUACUGGGAUCGCCGUACUGCGGAGAUGGACGGAUCCAGAGUUCCAAAGGAGAGGAAUGUGAUGACAUGAACUCGAUGAAUGGGGAUGGCUGCUCCACUCUGUGCAAGAAAGAGCCCUUCUUCAACUGCGUUGAGGAGCCGAGCAAGUGCUACUACUAUGAUGGUGAUGGGGUGUGUGAGGACUUUGAGCGAGAGACUGGCGUAAGAGACUGUGGCCUCUACACCCCCAGUGGCUUCAUGGACCAGUGGGCCUCCAAUGUCGAAGUUUCCCAUGAGGAGAAGCCUUACUGCUCCGGCGAGGUGGCUGCUGGAUACCCUGCUGUCACUAAGACGUGUCAGUCCAAGGUGUUUGAUCUGUCCGACGGCGUGUCGCAGUACGCGUGGUUCCCCUGCCGUGACGCCCAUGACUCCGCCUGGGGAUAUCCCAGCUAUUGGCUCAAGGCCCACUUUUCUCAUCCCAUGGUGGCAGCAGCGGUGAUUAUACACCUGGCUGCUGAUGGGACUGGCUACCUUGACCAGACUCAGUGUAACAUCACGGUUCAGCUCGUGGACACUAAGGAGGGCAUCCACAGUCUGGGGGAGUGGCGCCUCAGCUGCCGCACCAACCCCCUGGUGAUCCCUGUGAACCAUGACCUGUCAGUGGCCUUCUACCACACCAAGGCGAUCGUGGUCAUGUUCGCUUCUCGCCUCGUCGCCAUCUCGGGUGUAGGUCUGCGCUCCUUCCAGUCCUUUGACCCCAUCACGAUAAGUGGUUGCCAGAGCAAUGAGAUCUACAACCCCACAGGACAGAGUUGUGUACAUUAUUCCUGCGAAGCCAUUGACUGCCAGGAACCUUUAAUCCGCAAUGCAGAGCUCAAGUGCAGUAGCACUGGUCGCCACUUCUACAACGGGGACCGCUGCACCAUAUUCUGCAACUCUGGCUACGGCCUGCAAAUCCACCAGGACGAUGACAUCAUCAAGAGCCAGUCGCACUCUUCAGUGACUAUAACCUGUGCAAACGGGAAGUGGAACAAACAGGUCUCAUGUGAGCCAGUGGACUGUGGCGUGCCUGACAAGUACCAUGUUCAUCCUGCCCAUUUCGACUUCCCCGAGGGCACGACCUACGGCAAGAGGAUCACCUUUAGGUGUAAAGAACCUGCCCAGCUUGUAGGAACAAACAACACUCUUACCUGCCUAGAGGACGGUCUGUGGUCCUUCCCGGAGGCCCUCUGUGAGCUCCGCUGCCCGGCCCCCCCUCCUGUGCCGAACGCUGUGCUGCAAACCAAGCGCUGCAACGAGACAGGCCUCAAAGUGGGCACCCUGUGCAAGUACAAGUGCAAGCCCGGCUACCAUGUCACCAACAAACCUAAGAGGCGCGCAUUUAAGCGUCAGUGCACCGAGGACGGCAGCUGGCUGGAGGGGGCGUGCGAGCCCGUUACUUGUGACCCCCCGCCUCCGAUCUUCCACGGCUCCUAUCACUGCACCGACGGCUUCCACUUCGACAGUGUCUGCAGACUCAACUGCACUGACCCUGCCGGUAAUACCGCUCUCGCCGCCACAGGAGGCUCUGCCCAUACGGGCGCAGCAUCCAAUGUAAUCCGCUGUAGGAAGGAUGGAAACUGGACAGGGUCGUUCCGCCUGUGCUCACACAGCAAAGGCCAAUGUUCUUUACCUCAAAACCUCCAUUACAGCCUUCAGUACUCAUGCAAGCGAGGACACGGCAUAGGUGAGGAGUGUGAGCUGAGCUGCCGAGAGAGUAACAAUGACGUGGUGAUCCUCCCUAGCAACAUGACGGUCGACAGCGUGCUCAAAGAGCACUGGAGGAACCCGCACAAAGUCAAGAACAUAGUGUGUACAAUGGGAAUGAAGUGGUAUCCACACCCAGAAUUGCUUCACUGUAUCAAAGGAUGUGAGCCAUUCAUGGGAGACAACUACUGUGAUUCGGUCAACAACAGAGCCUUCUGCAACUACGACGGAGGAGACUGCUGCCAAUCCACCGUCAAGACCAAGAAGGUGAUUCCUUUCCCCAUGUCCUGCGACAUACGGGAUGAGUGCUCCUGCCGGGAUCCCAACGCUAUAGAGAACAGAAAGGAUGAACACGUCCAUUCCCUGGGGUGACCAACCUGAGCAGGGACCUCUGUUCAACGUCCCAGCGAACCUUGCUCCAACACAACACAGCCAGAGUGGCCGAGGCAGACCCCUCCUUCAUUCUCCUCUCGGCCUCCGAUUUCCUGCACAUGCUGCUUAACAGGCAUACCUCUCCAUCCAUACUGCAACCCCAACCAGCUGAAAUAAAGCCUCCGCCUCCACAUCACAAGAAAGAUCUUAAAAAAAGAGGAUGGGACUCACCAGACUCCACCGAAAACUUCAUUUCUCCGCUACAAAGGAAAGUAACCCUGCAAUAUCAUCAUAAAAAAACCCAACAUAUAUAGCAAAGAGGGGAAAAAAAAGAAAUUACAUGAAGCAGACUUUUUUUUUUUUUUUAAGAAUAUGAAAACAAACAAAAAAAACUAGACAGAAACAUAACCAAGCCUAGGUAGCAUGCCUUUCGUUCAGUUUUGUGCCGGCUUCAGUGUCUGUUCUAGUGACCUCGCUCUACAAUCACAUGAUUGAACCUAAGGUAUAACUCAAAAUGUGCAAGUUGGAGGAUAGUGUUGAUGUUGGCUUUGUGUUUUGCAAAUAUGAAGGAAUGUUAAAAGAGAAUCCUCUGACACUUUGAGGGCAUGUUUCAACACCUUUUCCUAGAGGGGCUAGAAGUUUGUGCUUCUAUCAUUCCUGGUUUCCAACUGGUCACACGCUCUCUUUGUCCCUUUUCAGCAGCGUGUUUCUUCAUCGGCACGUCAGAGGCCACAAGGGUUAUUCCAAGCUUUGCAGGGAAUGAGACAGCCAUACAUUGUUUGGGGCGAGACACUUCAGGUGAAUAGGGUUCAAAUGUUAACUAAUAUUAACACGAAACUUGCCUAUAAUUGACUUGCUCACAUGAAGACAAUUAGUUUUCUGGAUCCAAAUAAGACUAUUAUCUAAUUAAAUAUGCACCAAUUUGCAUACAUUUCUAAAACAUUUAUUUUGUUAACACAUUAGAGUUAAAGAUUUAUAAUAAUUUGGAUUGCUGUUUUUUUAUUAUUAUUUAUUAUUAUUACUCUAUAAUUAGAAUUUAAAAAAAAUUAAAUUGGCUAUGAAUGAUAAAUCCCUCUGCAAAAACCUUCACUAUAUAGAUAUGAAAAAAACUGGACAGGUUAUGGAAUUUCUGGAAAAUAUCGUAUUUUAAAAUUCCACACAUUUUUUUGGAAACCAUAAUUUACUGUCAUAAUAUCUCAUGCAAAGGAAAUCUGGAUCUGAUAACAUUGUGCAGGGGAGAGAGAGCUUUACAACAAUACCUGUGAUGUGCAGACAACAAUGUGUUCACUUUUGGUGAAUUCAGGAGAAUUUCACAAACACAAAGUGUAGUAAAAUGAACAGCUACAUGUGUUUCAAGUCAAGUUAUGGAGGCUAAAUAUGCCAAAAUUUUGCAUGAACAAAUCUUUUUGCCUUCAGUGUCUCGCCUUAUGUUUCAAGCCACAGAUUCAACACAAACGCCAAAAUAAGGAAACACACACACAAAAAUGUUAAACCAACUGUCGGACACAAUUCCCUGAGACAUUUUAAAUUUAAAAACCCUGAAUGCAUAGUUUUAAGCAUGGCUUCUCUGCUACUGUGUUUGCUGCUACUUGCCAUUGUCCCAUCACGAUAUCUAAUAGGGUCGGACAUCUAAUAGGGUUGUCGGCCUUGCUGCUUAUACAGUACCUCUCUAUGGCAUUCAUUCACGCUUGCAUGUUAGUGCAUAUUACGUUCGGCUCACAUUAAUAUGCGAUGACAACACCACAUAUGAAAUGCACUAAGAACUUAAAAAAAAAAAGAAAAAACACAGAACCUCACUUGUCAUCCCUGUUUAACCCCCGACCGCCCCGAGAAAAAAAUCCUACACACAUUGACCAUGACUUAAAGAAUGUCCACCCGUAACACCUCACUUUGGGCUGGGCUGAUUUUAGUUUCAGUUUGAACCCACUCCCUCACGGUGCUCGACGAGAACUCUGUUACCUCCAGCGCCGAUUCAAAAGGUUCAAACUGAAAAUAAAAUGAUCCCAGCUGCGUUCAGAAUGUAGUCAAUGCUUGUCAGGAGUCUGUGGCUUUUUUUUCGCUUUUUUCUCUUUCUUUCGAUUGCAGAGUACUGUCACACAGGAGUAUGGAAAUAAAGGGCUGGAAUCGAGGCCGUGGCGAGUAUAGGUGAAAGGAGACCCCAUCUGAACACACACACACACACACACAUGCACACAACUCUCUCCUCAUUCUCUCCCCUCCCGGUAGUGUCGGACUCCCAGCUCUGCAGCUCUAGCGGGCGACAACGCAAAUAAAAAUGACAUUUGGAUGUAUAUGUCAACGCAGCAUUAGCAGGCGCCAUAUGAUCGAAGGCCCCUGAGAUUCACCGUUCAAGUCGUUAAUUUCACCGUUUAAAAAAAGGGCACUUGGUUGUGAUCAGCACUUUUCAGUAUUGUGAACUUGGGUGUCCGUCCUCACCAGUUAACUCCAUCAGAUAACAUGGCUGCUACAACCGCUUUGUAUUUCUGUUAUUCCUGACUACACACACACACACACACACACACACACACACACACACACACACACACACAACACACACACACACACACACACACACACGCGCGCCAGUUUGUUCUCAUGCACAUGGGGUAAUGAAGGCUGCUUGGCAUAUAUUGGUCCAAAUGUUGCUGCUCCCAUUCGGCCGCAGCGGCGGCGACGACGGCCGCCGUGGUUGCGAUCAGUGCGAUUCAAUCUUUUCAUUUUCACCUGGGUCACCGGCGUGGUCCCCUCGACUCAUAUUAGGCUGCUAAAGCAUUCCAGACCAUUCCAAUAAGUCGGGAAGCGAUGGAACACAUCGAGCUGUACAAGUGGUGAUGUCAGACCAAGGUCAUUGUCAUUUUUUUUUGUUUUUAACCGAUGUGAGUGAAGAACCUUAGACAAUACCACAACAUGCAGAGAAAGUGAAAAAAAGGUAUUAUUUUCCACCAAAUACAACAAAAAAUAUCAUGUAAAUAUUACCACAUGUUCUUGAUGGACGGGAGCAUUGCAAAAUGGUUUUAGGUUAUUUUCUUGUUUUCAUGUAUUUCAUUUUUUUUUUUUACAAAAUGUCAUAUUUAAUCAGUGUUUGUAUUAUUGACCUCAGUUACUGCACUUUUUUAGUUGCCAUGUAAGAAGAAAAAAAAAGUAUAUCUUUCAAAAAUGUUUAGAAGCUGCUAUUGUCAGAAAGGUGAUCUGAAUCAAACUGUAUGAUAUUCGGUCAUUUGACUCCCUGUGUUGCUAUAACCCUUCCUGUCAUUAGUGUUUUAGUUGUAUCUGACCUUAGAUUCUCCUCCUGACCAUGUUAUCAAUGAAGUAGAGUCACCAAAUCCCCAAAUCUUACAAACUAGGGUACACACCAACGCAUUAUCUAUAGAAGGUAUAUUGUAUAUUGAAAGUAUAUUGUCACAUAUUUAAGGUCUAGUUAGAUUGUUGGUCUUUUGUUUUGCCCUCAUGUUUGUGUCACACAUCCUUAAGGUUAAGGUGUACAUUUUGCAGAAACCUACAAAUGCCGGAGGUGAAGGAAAAGCGUAAAAUGAAGAAAAUCCCCGCUCAAAGGGACUGUUGAAAGACUUUUUUAUGAAAUAUGAAACUUUGUAAGGAUGUUCUAAAGGCUAUAUCAUCUUCAUUGCAUUUAACACUUUAUAUGAAAAAUAUAUAGCCCUGGUUUAAAAAGAAAAAAAUAACAAAAAAAGAGACUUGUAUUAUGUUGAUAUUAUCAAAUUAUAUAUAUUAGUACUCCAGAUACUGCUGCUUUUACAUAGAACUGUCACCAGUGGGGAGAGACUGACCUGCAAUCACUACACCACGCCAAUGACAUGCAGUACUGCGGUUCAUCAUCUGCCAUUCAGGUCACUGGGAAGCCAUUCCAGCCAUUCGAUGAAUCCCCAAAAUCUGUCAUUGGAUCCUUCCCGUGACUCGUGAACCGAGUUAACACGACCCGUCGCUUCCACGUUCUCCGACUAACUCAUAUCCUCCUCUCGUCAUCAGCCAAUAUCUGGACACCAAAAAAAACGACUCGACACUAUCACGAUCAGAAAGGCUACAGAACGUGACCGCACGUCAACUUGAACAAUUAGAUAUCGGAGAGGGUGCCCAUAAGCCAUAGUUAACCCAGAUAUUCAUGGAAAGAAAGUAUAAGAUUGCGCAUUGGAUGAGGACAUCGCCUCUCUACUGUAGUCUUCACAGGAUCCCUUGCUGUACCUCAUGCCUGUAAUGUUUGCUGCUUCUAUAUUUUUGGUAUUUUAGUGACAUUUUUGCGUCUCAUAACGAUGGUGUAAAUAGUAGAACUAUUUAUUGAGAGUGUUAUACUUUUUUAAGUUAUAUUUAAUGUCCAUGUAAGUUAUUUUUUACAUUGUUCUUAUAAACAGAAACAUUAUCGGUUGUGUGAGUCAAAGGUUGUCGUUUUGUCUGUCAUCAGUUGGGAUCACUGCCGUCGAGCAUUGAUCGGACACACAGUACACUCCAAAGCCCACAACCAUGAAAUCCCAUUGGUCAAUAAGUGUAGAUGGACGCUGCUCACAUCCAAUGAGGAUUCAUCACCUUUAAUUAUUACUGAGUGCAGUGUAUCGUCUUUCUCUUUUAAAACCAGAAUGUAAAGUUUCUUUUUUUAUUUCUCUUUUUGCUUUUUUUUUAAAUGCACACAUUAGCCAUACAUACAAGCAGUUGUGAAAAAAAAAAGAACCAAGUAUAUAAUGGUCAAAGUACAUAAAUCCGUAAUAUAGCAACAACAAUGUUUUCAGAGCCUAUGUACGACACAAAGAAUAUUUGUACACAGCUGGCUGAGGGCGGGAGAAAAAUGGGCAAGUGGCAAAGGCGAGGGAUGAGAAAGAAGGAGCCGGGGGUCGAGAGGCAAAGGAUGGUGCCCCAGGUGGAGCGAUCUCGGAGGGUCGGGGGAGUGGACGGUGGGCAGGGAGAGAGGUGCGGGGAUGGGUGGGCUGCUUUUCCUGGCCUGUCGAGCUAUUUGUCCAGGUGUGAAAAUGUGUACUCACAGAGGCUGCUCCUGGGCCAGGGGUGGCCGGCGCCGACUGGCAACAAGCCGAGCGCGGUGAGUCAGAGUUUCUCCGAGGGGGUGGCAGCCAUCCCUCCCUCUCGCUCUCUCUCUCUCUCUCUCCCUGGGACUCCCACCCACCACCCCGCUCUCCCUCACUCCCUCCUCCCACCGCCUCCUACACCUCCACCUCCCCACUCCCUCAGCACACUGCCUCAUCUGUCACUGUCAGGUAUGCUUGCGCAGGGCCGCCAGGGUCAAGCUGGCCCUGUGAAAAUGAGAGAGGAUGUUUGCCCGGCUUAUGGAGCCGUUUGAAGUUCGGCUGAAGGAACACAGUUCUUCUCACCUCAUAGAGCCCACGCUUAUCAUAUAAUAUGAUUUGUACGGCCGUCGGUUUUUAAUGACGUGGCUUUGAUAACCCAGUAGUCAAACUCCUUUGUUUUCUAAUUUAACACCGGGGGUUAUUGUAUUGCUCGUCAAGAAAUGGACGAAAACCUGUGCAGUGCCGGAGUCAUUACAAAGCGACAGGGGAGCGUCAGAACGAGUGUCAGAGUCCCUAAUGUUCCCGCUCAGAUCAAUGUGGAGAAAAAUACUGAUGUGCCAUCUCGUUGUAAGACAUUUUCUUUGUGUAUUGUACCACAUGAAGUACCUCUCACAGGCCUCUGGUUAUAGAAUGGUCCACUUAUGUCUGUUUCCUAAUCCCUCAAUAAAUAAAUAAAAGGUGAAUUGUCCUUUUUUCUAAGUGGGAAGUACAAAAAAAAGUGUAUUUACAUAUUAUGUGGAUAACUAGUGGUAUUACUGCAAUGUUUCGUACCUGAUUGCUCAACAAAUAUAUUUUAAGAUGUAAAUAAUAAUAUUACAUGAUGAUUGUAUUUGCAAACCAUGUACUAACUGUUUGGGAGUAGCUCUUGGAUUGAUUUUUAUCAUAAUUAUUAUACAAAGAGAUGAACCGUGAAUAUGUUGUGCAUUGUGUCAAAGUAUCACCUGCAAGACAGAUAUGAAAAAAGAAGAAAAAAAAAAAAAGACCUGUGAUGCUUUACCACACCACUUUCGCUGUCAGCAUUUAUUUGUCCAUAAAAGGCUUAAGUACGAGCACUGUUGUCAGUUGUCUAAACCAUUGAAUUUAUCCAUUGAGUCAUAAAUUAUUUAUUUGUUGUCAAGAUGAAUAAAAAAUCAUAAUGGUCGUGUCUGGGUCGUGGGAGUCUGUCGAAGUUCAUCCCCCAAACUUGACCGAUUUUUCUGUUUUCAGUUCAUUUUCAAACCUUUCCGAGGUUGACUGGCGCCGACCAACAGCUUCCAGUUCUCCUCAGUCCAUGCUGUACGUUGUUUGAGUCUUACCCCCAUUAACGCCUUUGUGUUCGCUUCACCAACACUGUAAAGGUUGCCAUCGGACUCCGUCGUCCUCCCUCGCUCUGAUGGCCUCCUCUCUCUUUGGUUCUUACACAGUAUGCACUUUUUCAGGCACAUAUACAACAGAUUGGACUUUUGUGUUUCAGUCGAUGUUUCUCUCUGUUUUCCACAGUUGCAAUUAUAUAUAUUUUUUUGGUGCUCUGGUACAUGGCAAAACAUGUGUACUAUAUUUUCAUAAGGAAGAGUCAUAAAGACGAGUAUCAUGUUCAUUUUUGCUGUCAUUUAUUGUGUAGAAAUAAAACACUGGUUAAAGUGAA